GUGGAGGAGGUUAAAGUGGAGGUGGUUGAAGUUGGAUUACGGAGGAUGGAGACUCUCCUGUUGUAUCUCGUGGCGAUUGCCGGGAUCGUUCGUAAAAGCCAAGGUAGCUUAUUGGGUGUUGGCCUCGAUGAAGCUGGGGAAGAGUUCCUCAACGAGUACCUGUCCUUAGAUGAAAACAGAUAUCUAGCCGAAUUGCAAGAAUUCCAGGACGCAGCGAUUGAGAUUGAUCUUAUUGGCAAUAAGAAACAACAUCGUUUACCUCAUCAGGAACCUAGGGUACUAUAUCAAAUUGGGGAUAGCGAAGAACAAUUACCAGAGUGUUCGGAUCGUAGCGAAGUAUGCAGCAAAGUGGAUCUUUACGGUGCACCAUGGGUUGAGAGACAAUGUCGUUGUCCAGGUGGACGUGCUUGUCCUAGUAGCCUUCACGCGGAUGAUGGACACACGAUAGUAGAUAAAACUCGACAAUAUAAAUUAUGCGAACCCGUUAAACGGCUUCCCAUUUGUCGAUAUUUCAAGGACAUCACGUGGACGUUAGCACCCGGAGGAGGACCAGCUAACGCAACGGUACAACGUGUACAUUGUAGAUGUCGUCCAGGUAGUGUACCCUAUCUCGUCCGAAGACAACCCCAUAUCUCUCCAGAGGGGAAUUCAGGAUUCAUAUAUGCUUUUGCUUGUUCGCCACAAAGCAGGCUACGUUGCCAGCAUAAGGAACCCUGUAGGUUGUUCACCGUACGUAAAAGAAGGAGUUCGCAGUUGGAAGAAGUUAAUGCAUCGCCUCUUUGCCAAUGUCCCAGGGGACAUCGUUGUCCAAGACGUCACACGGAUCCUGGAUCAUUGCCGGCAAGAUCUUAUUCUGGCAUAUUGGAGAUCAAAACUUAUAGCGGUUACUGCGUACCUUCGCAUCAUCCUGAGCCAGUUUACACAGUUUGAAAAAAAGAGAGAGAGAGAGAAAUCUACAGAGAAUGAAAAAUAAGAACAACAAAUUUUACUUCUCCUUUUUCUUUUCUUCGACGACAAUUUAUCUUCAUUAAAUCAUUUAAUAUUCUCAACGAUAGAACGUAUUUUUCUCAUAGUGAGGAUUUUUAUCCGAAAAUAUUAGGGAAAAAUAUUAACGAUUAAAAGAAUUGUUUACGUAAAAAAAAAAAAACUACCGAGAGAGGUGAUGAGUACAAAGACAUUUCUUUCUUUUUUUUUUAAAUCAUAAUAAUUAAAUUAGGAAUAAGAUAUUUUAAUUGUGACAGGAACAAAAAAAAAAAAAGAAAAGAAAAGAAAAAACAAAGUGUGAGAAAGUGUAUUAUUCGUCUCUGUCGAAAAUAUUUAUUAUUAUCUUCUUGUUUCCUAAUUUUCUUUUAAACAUCUAACGAAAGAAAAACAAAUAAAUGAAAAGAAAAGAAAAAGGGGAAAAAGAUUCGUUCGCGGUGCGACGAUCCUAAUUUUUCUCAUCUCUCAAAUUGAUAUUCGACAAUUAUGCAAGGAGUAUUUGUAAAGAGCUUUAAAGUAUCGUGAAAAAAAAAGAAAAACUAAUAUCUUUUCUUUGUAUGUAAGCGUUAGGAUGUUAUUUCGUUGCUAUGUUUAUAUUAUUGAUAGUUAACAGUUUUGUAAAAACAGAAUGUUAUAGUUCGUUCGUUCCGAUAAUGAUUUCGAAUCCUGUUAUAUAUACAUAUAGAUAUAUAAUUAUAUAUAAAAAUAUAUAUAUAAAGUUGCAUGCAUAUGUAUAUUAAUAAGUAUAGAUUUCGAGCGAGUAUCCUCGAGUAAUAGAAUCGAUUAUCGAAUCGAAAAAAGGAAGCAGCUCGGUUACCUGGAAAUACUCUCCUCCAUUGUCAACUUUCAUAAAAUACAUCAUUUAGUUAGUUUUUUCAUUAUUCUUUAGCAAGCGUUACAUAAUUUAUGUUAAGUCCAUUGUAUUAUUACUAUUACUAUUAUUAUUUUGAUUAUUAUCAUUA